ACGGAAAAGGGCCUUUGCCAUAUGAACAUAGAAAUGACAAUGGGAAUGACUCCGGAUGGAGUCUAUGAAACUUUCACCAAUCCACAUAAGUUACCAAUGUUUCUUAUAGGCAAGCGCCAGCUUCUGGAAAUCAAAUCAAGAAAGGUUUUGAAGAACGAUGGACCGAGGCAAACCGCAAAGUUGAAGACAGCUGUGGCCUGGGACUUCCUUUGGUGGUCUGGAGCAUUCCCAAUAACUUUAAUCGUAGAAGAAAACAAAAAAGAUCUUACAGCAAAAUAUAAGAAAGAAAAAAUGAUGUUCAUGAAAGUGUUCGAGGGUAACUGGAAAGUGGAGCCACUAUAUGUUGAUCAGGAACGUUUGUGCAAGCAUAUGUUACCAAAAACUCGAGAAGAAUACAAAAAAUGUAGUGGUGGACAAGGAAAGGUUGCAUCGAAAGUGACGGUGGACCAAUACUUUCAGCCAUAUUCUCUUCUUAAUAUACCACCGGUAUCUUGGUACAUUCGUGGGAUCACCAUCAAAACCACCAAAACUCUGCUCCAAAUACUCCAAAUUAAGAGUGUCAUAUUCCGAGAGGUUCCACCGACUCCACAGGAAACAACCGUAUAA